AACACGACUCACGCACAUCUCUAGCCACCGAUGCUGUUUCGAUAUAUGGGUGCAUCCAGGCCAUCCAUCGCUAAUAAAUUAUAAUAAUAGCAAAAUAGCACCGAUUACAGCAGCCGGUGAAAUGGAUACAUACUCAGUAGACGUAGUAUAUCAAGCAAUCAGUGCACUCUUUCAAGGCAACAAUCCCAAGGAGCAAGAGAAGGCCAACAAAUGGCUGCAGGAGUUCCAGAAGUCGAUAUACUCGUGGACGAUUGCGGACGAGUUGCUGCACCAGAAGCGGGAUCUGCACGCCAACUACUUUGCGGCCCAGACGAUGCGGAACAAGAUACAGAACUCAUUCAGUGAAUUGCCCCCCCACACACACGAGUCCCUGCGGGAUUCGCUGAUCACCCACAUCGGGCAGAUUGACGCGCAGACGGACAUUGUGAUUGUGACGCAGCUGAGUCUGGCUGUGGCUGAUCUGGCCCUGCUGAUGGCCACCUGGCAGGAGCCGAUAAACGAUCUGUUAACGACUUUGGCGCCGCACCCGGCGGCCAUAUGGCCACUGCUGGAGGUGCUCAAGGUGCUGCCCGAGGAGAUCGACUCACGUUAUCUGCGACUGGGUGCGAACCGGAGGGAGGAGGUACACAAACAGCUUGAUGCCAGCGCUGAGUGUGUUCUAAAGUUUCUCUGCAUGUGCCUGCAACGAGAAGACCUCGACCAGCAGCGCGUAUGGAACGCUGCCCUGCGGACCUACAGUGCCUGGAUGGUGAUCCACGUUUUCCCCAUCUCCCACAUCUGCAAUAAUACUCUGACCCAGCUUGCGUUUCGACUGCUCAACCAGCCCGAGACGGCUGGCAAGCUCCAUGACAAUGCCACGGAAUGCGUUUGUGCACUGCUCUCCUGCAUGACCACGCGCCAUGGCAGCGACGCCGCCAACGAUGCGCCCGUGGAGGCUGAAGUCUUCAGUGCCGUGUGCAUGCUGGAGACACCCUACCACCUGAGUGUAGCGCACGAGGACACGGAUAAAACUAUAAACUAUUGUCGCAUUUUCACUUCACUCUGCGAUGCUUUCUUCUAUAAGAUGCUGUCGGAGCAGCAGACGCCACACUACUCAAUGAAAGGCUUGGAUCUGGUGCUGCUGUGUGUCGGCCAUUUCGACUACGAGGUGGCAGAGAUUACCUUCCAUUUGUGGUACAAGCUCAGCGAGGAUCUGUUUCAGCGCUACGAUGACAAGUUGACUGCGAAAUUCAGGCCACACAUCGAGCGACUGAUCAGCGCGCUCUACCGCCAUUCGCAAAUGGAGAGUGACCACGAGGGGCUCAUCGAGGAGAACAAUAAUUUCUAUGACUUUCGACGAAAGGUUUCAGACCUUAUCAAGGAUGUGGCUUUUAUAGUUGGCUCUGGCGCGUGCUUCAAGCAAAUGUUUAUGAUCCUGCAAGCACCAGAAACGACUUGGGAGUCCACAGAAGCGGCGCUGUUCGUCAUGCUGAAUGUGGCCAAAAAUAUAUUGCCUGACGAGAACGAUGUGAUACCCAAGGUGGUGGAAGCAAUUCUGAAUAUGUCGGAACAAACGCACAUUGCAGUUCGGUACACAGCCAUCCUGCUGAUUGGAGAGCUUUGCGAUUGGAUAGAGAAUCAUCCGGAGUCCUUGGAGGCCGUUCUAAACUUCUUGCUUUAUGCGCUGCAGCAGAAGAAUGGCCUGGCACCAGCGGCGGCUAUAGCGUUGACCUCGAUCUGUGCGGCCUGCAGGCAGAAGAUGGUGUGCCACAUCAGUGGCUUGGUGGAGAUUGCACGCAGCUUGGACAGCUUUCAAAUCAACAACGAUGUGGCCAUUGGACUGCUCAAAGGUAUUUCGUUGAUCCUUACGCGACUGCCUCGCGAACAACUCCAACCUGCGCUGAGGGAGAUUGUGGGCUUCCAGUUGCAACCGCUCGCGCAGCUGCUGGAGUCGAGCAGCGCCAGCGUGCAGAAGGGAGAGCGUGAAGAUCCUGUGUAUUGGAUAGACAGAGCCUGUGCCAUUAUAAGGCACACAAAUCCCGACGUGCCUGACAAUGUGGAGCAUCCGACGGUGGCCAUACUCAACGAUGCCUGGCCGCUGAUAUCGCAGGUGAUGAGCAAAUUUCAAACUGAUCUGCGCAUCAUGGAGAGAACCUGUAGGCUCAUACGCUAUGGCAUCAGGAUGGUCAGAAAGCAGGCCAUGCAGCUGGUGGAGCCGCUGAUCAAGCAAAUGGUCGUUCUCUAUGCGGUUCAACAUCACAGCUGCUUCCUCUAUGUGGGCUCCAUACUGGUUGAUGAGUUUGCCAAGUCCAGCGAGUGCAUUGCCGGCUUGUUGGAGAUGCUGCAGGCAUUCAUCGAGCCCACGUUUGGUCUGCUGCAAAUGGAGAAUGGACUGCGCAAUAAUCCGGAUACUGUGGACGACUUCUUCCGUUUGGCCUCGCGCUACCUCGACUGCUGCCCGCUGCAGCUGAUACAAAGCAGUCUCAUCACCCCGAUCUUCCAGUGUGCCCUGAUCGCCUGCUCCCUGGACCAUCGCGAGGCGAACUCCUCGGUGAUGAAGUUUUUCAUCAAUCUACUCGUCUGGGGACGCACCACGCACAGCAGGCAUGCAGAGUGUCGCCCACUGGUCAUUGAUCUGGCCAGCCAGCACGGUGGCGCUCUGGUAAUGAACCUCAUCCAGGCCUCCGUCUUUCAGCUGCAUUCGUACAUGCUGGCCGAUGUCGCCGAGGUGCUGAAUGAGUUGAAACAGGUGGUAACCAAUGAACAAAUGCAGCCCUUUCUGGCCCAUGCACUGGAAGCUUUACCCAAGAAGAACAGCGGCGGUUAUGUGACGGUCACUCAACAGCAAUUGGAUGAGUUCAGCAACACGGUCCUGAGGGCGGACACCACAAAGGCCAUUUCCCAGGCGUUGAAAACAUUUACGCGACUCUUUCGUUGAAACGAAUCGGCUUCGAUCCGUAGUGGGAUCUGGGCUGUGGGAAAGCAACUGGCAAUGAUGGUAAUGAUUUGUACAUUCGAAAUGAUGUAUGUAUAUUAGGAUGGGCGCAGUGUCACAACUGCUGCAGCAAACAAUUUGUUGAAAACUCACGUACCCUUCUACACUUAUUAUAGUUGAAUCAAUUGUGUGACGUCUUAAGUUAUAAUUUGUAUUUUAUAAUACUGAGUGCGGUCACGAGAUCCUCACAAAACCCUAGAAUUAAGUUUAUUGCUAAUUAGUGCACUCUUAGAAUUAAAGUUCAGCCCCCCAAUGACUCU